CCGAAUUGUAGGGCGGCUCGGCCGGGGUGAUGGCCGCUUCCGGGAGGCUCGGCACUUUUCGUCUCCCACCGCUGCCCACCAUUCGGGAGCUCAUUAAGUUAUUCAGACUGCGAGCCCUGAAGCAGCUCUCCCAAAACUUCCUCCUGGACUUGAGGCUGACAGAUAAAAUAGUCAGGCAAGCUGGCAAUCUGAGACAUGCUCAUGUCUACGAGGUGGGCCCCGGGCCUGGCGGAAUCACGAGGUCCAUCCUCAACGCAGGUGUGGCUGAGUUGCUGGUGGUCGAAAAGGACAUCCGCUUUAUUCCUGGGUUACAGAUGCUGUCUGAUGCAGCACCUGGGAAACUGAGGAUUGUUCAUGGCGAUGUGCUGACGUUUAAGGUGGAAAAUGCUUUUCCGGAAAGUCUGAGAAGACAGUGGGAGGAUGACCCUCCAGACGUACAUAUCAUUGGAAAUCUGCCCUUCAGUGUUUCGACUCCACUGAUCAUCAAGUGGCUGGAAAACAUGUCUCGCAGAGAUGGGCCUUUCACUUUCGGCAGAACCCAGAUGACCUUGACUUUCCAGAAGGAAGUGGCCGAGAGACUCACGGCCAGCACCGGGAGCAAGCAGCGCAGCCGCCUCUCCGUCAUGGCCCAGUAUCUCUGCCACGUCCAGCAGGUCCUGACAAUUCCGGGCCGUGCUUUUGUCCCCAAACCAGAGGUGGAUGUGGGAGUGGUCCAUUUCACCCCCCUGACGCAGCCCCAGAUCGAGCAGCCCUUCAAGCUGGUGGAAAAGGUCGUCCUGAAUGCUUUCCAGUUCCGCCGGAAGUACUGCCACCGGGGGCUGAGCAUGUUAUUCCCCAAAGCUCAGCGCUUAGAAAGCACCGGGAAACUCUUAGAGCUGGCGGACGUGGACCCCACCCUGCGGCCGAGCAAGCUCUCCGUCUCCCAUUUCAAGAGCCUCUGCGACGUGUACCGGAAAAUGUGCGACGAAGACCCUCACCUCUUUGCUUACAACUUCAGAGAUGAACUCAGGCAACUUGCAACCAAAACCCUGAAGGGAAAGAACACCAAGGAGCGGGCAACUCACCUACAAGAUGCCAGCUCCACACAGGUUCAACAGAGAGUCUGACAAGAACAAAGCUUUUCAAAUGUUAAGAAGCUGCGCGAGUCCGUGACAUCAGCAGGAGCUUCUGGUGGGGCUGGAACAGCGAGAAGGACCUGCUUAUUCCAGCGCUAUUACCUGCAGUCGCUUCUUCCC